UGCAUCUCUCACACAACACAAAAGGAAAAAGUGCUUCCUUUGAGAGCCAAUAAUCCUAGCCAUGGCCUGGCCUAGCCGCGCCCUGUCCCUUCUCUUCCUCUCGCAUUUGAUUGUUGCCAUGGCUGACCCUUCCUUCAUGUGCCCCAUUGUUCCCUGUGAGCGUGAGAUAAACUUGCGUUUGUACUUACACCAAGUAAUUGAUGGACCAGAUCACAACCAGGUGGUUACAGUUAAUUCUGGCCACCGAUCAUGGUUUGGUACGACCGCUGUUAUCGACUGGACAGUUACCGAUGCGCCUGAACCCGAUGCGACAAUUGUAGCUCGUGCAAAAGGAAUGCAAGUGCAAGCAGACUUAGAUGGUCCCGGCUGGUUCCAUUAUUUCAGUAUGGUGUUCCAAGAUCCCAGGUUCAAAGGGUCAACACUUGCAGUGAUGGGGCAGUAUCUUUUGGAAGGCGAGAUGGCCAUUAUGGGUGGGACAGGAGAGUUCGCCAUGGCACGCGGCGUCAUCAAGUACAAAACAGUCGUUAACACUCGUCGUGAAAGCUACAAAGAACUUGACAUCCAUGCACUCUAUGUCACAAGAUCUGGCCAACAAUCCAUACCUUCAUCCAGUAUAAUUGUUUAAGGUGUGUCUGGACUCUAGGGAACACUUGCAGUGUGACAGGACAUUGUGUGAUGACCUUCUCCAUUCACAGAUUGGCCUAAUUCACUUUUGAGCUUUUCUAUCCAGGAUUUCGAUGGUAUAUGGAAUUUCUGGUUUCCCUUGGUGCAAAUCCAAUUAUCUAAAUUGGAAAUAAGAAGCAAUUCCCCCAUUUGUAGCAAAUCUUUGUUUUACUCUUCAGAUAUGAUUCUGAGUGUUGGAUAGUCAAUAAAACCCACUCUCUGGGUUGUUUGUAUCACCCAUUCAGUUAUGUAUGUAGGAUUGAU